GUCUCAGUACCUUGCUCUUCCCUCAGCUUGCCUCAGCAUCUCCACUCGCACACCUCCGACCCACCAACUACAACCAAAAUGGCCUUCGCCGGAAAAUGGGAAACUGAGACUCAGGAGGGAUACGAUGCAUUCUGCAAGCUGCUUGGUAUCCCCGAUGACAUCAUCGAGAAGGGCCGUGACUACAAACUGAUCACAGAGGUCACCCAGGAGGGAAACACCUUCUCCUGGACCCAGAUCUACCCUACAAACGCUACAGUCACCAACAAGUUCACCAUUGGCCAGGAGAGCGACAUGGAGACCAUCGGAGGAAAGAAGUUCAAGGCCACCGUGCAAAUGGAGGGAGGCAAGCUGAGCGUGGCCUUCCCCAAGUACAAUCAUACCUCUGAGAUCAGCGGAGGAAAGCUUGUCGAGACCUCCAAAGCUGGCUCUGUUGUGCUGAUCAGAACCAGCAAGAAGAUCUAACUGGUGCCUGACCUUUGACCUCUCAAACAGUUACAAUGGAGACCUCAGACCUACAGCCAAUGCGUGAAUAAACUAAGACUAUGAAACAAACAUGAA